AUGGGCUUCAUUCUGGUUAAUCUGACCGUACGGAUUAUUAGUGUUGGCUAUGGAUACGAUCUAACUCGUACGUCUGUUGUUUGGUGUAAAGUUCGGCAAUAUCUUCUACUUAUUCUUGGUUUAAUUUCAUUCAUGUUAUCGUGCUUAGCUGUCAUCGAUCAAUUUCUCGCAACAUCAAGAAAUGCUAAUUUACGUCGUGUGAGCAACAUAUCGUGGUCACACCGAAUUGUAUGUGUAGUGCUAAUUGUCUGUUGUUUGUAUGGAAUACCUGCUCUUGUAUUCGUGGAUAUUUCACCGAAUCUCAAAAUCUGCGUGAUUGCCAAUGCUAACUACGCAAUUUAUAUUUCAGUACACGUUUUGAGUUUUACUUGCAUUAUUCCAGUGUUGGUAACGGUUAUUUUCGGAUAUUUGACAUAUCGUUCCAUCCAUUCGACACGAGUCCUUGUAGAGCAGCAAGUCGAUCGACAAUUAGUGCGUAUGGUCUUAUCGGAAGUUGCAAUUAUCGUUGUAUCCAUUACUCCAUAUGGCGUUAACACAAAUCGUUCGCCUCGACAAUUACCAGUUUGUUAUGCUAUUUUUAUUACACAGGAAGUUGCUAUUUGUUUUUGCUUUCAUCAAGUCGGUUUCGCCAAGCAGUCCAAAAUCGAGUCUUGUUCUGGAAAAAAGAGAGAACAAUAUACCCAUCCAGAGCUUUGGUUACUAUGA